UCAUCGCCGCCCGUUCCACCACUCUUCGCAAUGGGACUUGUCACCUGACCGGGAUCAAACAUGGCUGCUCUGGACGGGAAAAUGCAUUCGACUCCCGGAGCAGCUCGUGUGGUGUUUCUAGGGGGUACUUCACGGAUGAGAAAAUUGAGAAUGUAUUUCGCGUAACGCCUCUAUUUUCUAUCUACCUGCACUCUGUGCUGGGAAAAUGAGUUACCCAUUUGGGAAAGAGGAAACCGCUACAGAGGAGGAACUUUUUGAGUUUUUCUGUGAGUGCCUGCGGAGGGGAGACUGGGAGUUGGCACAAGCAUGUGUACCUCAACUACACCGGGGACAAGGAGAGAUCCCCCAAAAGGUGGAGGACAUACUACAGGCGCUGGUGCAGUGUCCCAUUCUGCUAAGAUGUGGGCCAGACAUCAACCCUCAGAGAUUAGCCUGGCUCUGGCUUCUUGUAUUAGAAAAAUGGCUGGCCCCAGAAAAGAAAUUACUUUCUACAGCUAUCCGGAGAAAACUGGAGUUUCUUUUUUUGUCAGAAGACCUCCAAGGUGACAUUCCAGAGACCAUCCUUAAGGAGCUAUUUGAAACACUAGCACAAGGCCCAGCGGGCAGUAUACCUGACAGAAGGACCCCUCAGCUCAGCCCCGAAGCUGUCUCCGUGCUCUGGAAUCUUCUGAAGCAGGCCCCACGGCCAGCCCAGGCCCUCUUGGAGCUGCUGCUCGAGGACCACCACAGUGCCAGCCUGUGCCCUAGUCCUCUGCAGAAAUCCCUGCUGGACCUCAUCCGAGAGGCAUUGCAGACCCUGCGGGACCCUGCCUCUCAGCCCCCCGGGGUGGCCGAUGCUGUCUGUGGAGCCCUUCAGGCUCUAUGCUGCAAAGCUGAGCUACCAGAGAGUGAGUGGCGUGUCCUGUGUGAGGAACUGUUGGAGACCUGCAGGACUGAGGACAGUCCCCUGCAGGAGGAACGGCUCCUUGGUUGCCUGUUGCACAAGGCUGGACGGAACCUACUGUCCCUCUAUGGCCACACCUAUGCAGAGAAGGUGGCAGAAAGACCACCAAAGGCCACACUUUCAGGAAAAGAUCAUCCUGAUCCCGAGCGGGCGAUGCUGGCCCUGUUCUCCACUCCUGACCCAGCCCACGCGUGGAAAAUGGCCUUUUUCUACUGCCUGAGUAACAACAAACACUUCCUGGAGCAGAUCCUUGUGACAGCACUGACCCUGUUGAAAGAGGAAGAUUUCCCAAGCCUUGGAUACCUGCUUGAUAGAGAAUUCAGGCCUCUCAGUCACCUGCUCGUGCUCCUGGGCUGGACACACUGCCAGAGCCUUGAAUCAGCUAAGAGACUGCUCCAGACUCUCUACAGGACCCAGGACCAAGGCCAUGAUGAGCUUCUCAGGGAUGCCUGUGAAGGGUUGUGGGCUCACUUGGAAGUCUUGGAGUGGUGCGUACAACAGAGCAGCAACCUCAUACCAAAGAGAGAGCUCUUGUGUCACUUACAUGGUGGAGACAGCCACUCAGUGCUCUACUCUCUCCAUCAUCUUACAAACCUUCCAGCCCUCAACGAGGAAGAAGUCCUCAAGCUGUUACAGAAGGAACCAACCAAGGACCUCCAGGGAGAGCAUGAGACCCAUGAUGCCUCAGUCCCCGAGCACCUGAGCCAGUGUCAGAGCCUGACCCUCUACCAGGGCUUCUGUGCCAUGAAGUAUGCAGUCUAUGCCCUCUGUGUGAACUCACACCAGCACUCUCAGUGCCAGGACUGCAGAGACAGCGCCUCCGAGGACCUGGCCUUGGUGGAGCCAGGCAGCGAUUCUCUCCCCUCCCCAGGUGCUUCACAUCUCUUCCCUACGUACCUGGCCAGGUGCCGACAGUAUUUACACAGCAUCCCCGCCUCUCUGUGCCUGGAAAUCCUGGAAAACAUCUUCUCACUGCUCCUCAUUACCUCUGCUGACCUUCACCCAGAGCCUCACCUUCCCGAGGACUAUGCCGAGGACGAGGACAUUGAGGGGAAAGGCCCCUUGGGUUUGAGGUCCCCAUCAGAGAGCCCUCAGCACAUAGCCGCAACUGAGAGGAGGUCAGAGCGGGCUUCCAUGGGACCCAGGAACCCUGCUCAUACAGUGCCCGGCUGUCCAAAGGCAGAGCCGAAAGACAGUUCACCAGGGCCUCACAAGCACAGCUUUUUGGAUCUGAAGCACUUUACUAGUGGCGUGAAUGGAUUCCUGGCCGAUGAGUUUGCAAUGGGAGCGUUCCUCAGCCUUCUUCAGGAGCAGCUCACUGAAAUCAGCAGCCACCGCACUCCCGAGGAGACAAAGCUGCCGGAAGACCAGAGCUGUUCAGCGGCCAGAGAUGGACUGCAGAGCCGCCUGCACAGGUUCUCAAAGGUUCUCUCCGAGGCACAGUGGCGGUACAAAGUGGUAACGAGCAACCAGGGCUCAGAAGAGCAACCUUCCCGAAGAUACCGGCCCAUUGCCACGAGGCAUUCUAGUCUCCGCCGAGGUCGUCGGACCAGAAGGACCCGGGCAGAUGGCCGGGAAAGAGGCUCCAACCCAUCCCUGGAAGGGACAAGUAGUGAGCUGAGCACAAGUACUUCAGAAGGGAGUCUGAGUGCUGUGUCUGGGCAGGUGGAGUCAGACAGCCGGUUUCAGACCCAACCUCAGAGUUCGAUCAUCCCCAUGAUGUUCUCCACGCCGGAGUCUCUGCUGGCAUCCUGCAUCCUCAGGGGGAACUUUGCAGAAGCCCAUCAGGUGGUACUCAUGUUCAACCUGAAGUCCUCACCUAUCGCCGGGGAGCUGAUGUUCGUAGAGCGAUACCAAGAGGUAAUCCAGGAGCUGGCCCGCGUAGAACAUAAGAUUGAAAACCAGAAUUCAGAUGGGGGUAACAACACCAUCCGGCGCACUGGCAGUGGGCGCUCAACUCUCCAGGCCAUCGGCAGUGCCGCGGCAGCAGGGAUGGUAUUUUACUCCAUCUCUGAUGUGACUGAGAAGCUCCUUAGCCCCUCUGAAGACCCCAUCCCCACGCUCCAGGAGGAUUUUUGGAUAAAUGCUACUCCCAUGGAGACCACCACGCCUCUUAGAGAAGUCCUAGAAGACCUCAGUCCUCCUGCCAUGGCUGCAUUCGACCUAGCUUGCUGCCAGUGCCAGCUCUGGAAGACCUGCAAACAGCUCUUAGAAACAGCCGAGCGGCGACUGAGCAGCAGCCUUGAGAGUCGGGGUCGAAGGCUCGACCAGGUUGUCCUGAAUCCUGAUGGUAUGCGAGGUUUUCCAUUUGUCCUUCAGCAAAUUAGUAAAAUUCUCAGUUACCCACUUAUGCAAACAGGACUUGCAAAAUCAGAGACUCUAGAAGAAAGGGGAGGAGGCGCUCCGAGGAGCAGCAUCUCUGAGCUGCUUCAGAUGUGCUGGCCCAGCCUCACCGAAGACUGCGUUGCCAGCCACACCAGCCUUUCCCAGCAGCUGGAGCAGGCUCUGCAGUCACUGCGAGAGGCAUUAGCGUUGCCAGAGUCCAAGAGUACUCCACUCUCUUGCCUAGUGGAGCAGGCAGCCCAGAAAGCCCCCGAGGCAGAGGCCCACCCCGUGCACAUCCAAAGUCAGCUCCUCCAAAAGACCCUGGGAAGACAGACCCCGGCAGGCCACAGACAGACUGACUAUGUGGGAGCCUUCUUCAGCUACUGUAGCAGCCUGGCUGCCGUCCUCCUCCGGAGUCUGAGCUCCGACCCUGAUCAUGUGGAGGUCAGGGUUGGAAAUCCCUUUGUUCUCCUGCAGCAGAGCUCUUCCCAACUGGUGUCACAUCUCCUGCUUGAAAGACAAGUUCCCCCAGACAGGUUGGCAGCCCUCCUUGCCCAAGAGCAUCUCAACCUAAGUGUGCCACAGGUCAUUGUCAGCUGCUGCUGUGAGCCCCUUACUCUUUGCCUGUCCCGACAAAGCCAGCAGGCCUCAUCCCUCCUGACCCACCUAGGCAUGCUGGCUCGAGAGCACGCCUCUCACCUUCUGGAUGGCCUGCCUCUCUCUACGCUGGGCUCCCCUAGACCAAGCGAGAAUCCCUCAGCAGAGAGAAAGUCUCAUUCCUCCCCAAAGGAUUCACUCCCGGCCUUCACCGCCUCUGCCUUGGCCUUCCUUAAGUCUCGCUCAAAGAUACUGGCCAUGGUGGCCUGCCUACGGACUUCCCGAGGGACAAAGGUCAGCAAGCCCGGCCUGUCUUGGAAGGAACUGCGUGGUCGCAGGGAGGCACCUCUGACUGCAGAGAAGGUAGCCCAGGAGUGUGAGCACCUCCUGGAACAGUUUCCUGUGUUUGAGGCUGCCCUCCUGGCUAAUUGGGAGCCUCUACAGCAAGCCUCUGAGCCAAAACAGAGUCUGGCAGCCAGUCUCUGUGGACAGGCUAAUCUCUCUACUGUGCUUCUGGGCCUACAUUCUUCACUGGCCCUGGACAUACUAACUGAGGCCUUUGAGGGAGCUUUGGUGGCCAGAGAUUGGCCACGGGCCCUUCAACUCAUUGACGUGUAUGGGCAAGACUUGGAUGACCUGAGCAUUGUACAGGAUUCGGUCCUGACCUGUGCUGCUGUGUGUGACAAGGAAGGUUGGCAGUACCUGUUUCCUGUGAAGGAUGCAUCCCUGAGAAGUCAGCUGGCCCUUCGGUUUGUGGACAAGUGGCCCCUGGAGUCCUGCCUGGAGAUCCUGGCCUACUGUGUUUCAGACAUGGCUGUCCAAGAAGAACUGAAAUCUGAGCUGCAGAGGAAGCUAAUGGAGCUGCGGGUCUAUCAGAAGAUCCUAGGUUUACAGGAUCCCCCAGUGUGGUGUGACUGGCAGACCCUGAGGAGCUGCUGUGCUGAAGACCCAUCAGCGGUCAUGGACAUGAUGCUGGACUCACAGGAGUAUGAACUAUGUGAGGAGUGGGGGCGUCUGUACCCCAUUCCAAGAGAGCACUUGGUCAGCCUGCAUCACAAGCAUCUUCUCCACCUGCUAGAAAGAAGCGAGCAUGACAAGGCUCUUCAACUCCUGCAACGAAUCCCUGAUCCCACCAUGUGCCUUGAAGUCACAGAGAGGUCCCUCGACCAGCACCCUAGCUUAGCCACGUCACACUUCUUGGCCAACUACCUCACCUCCCACUUCUAUGGAGAGCUGACCACUGACCGACACCGUGAGAUCCAGGCACUGUACAUGGGAUCUAAGGUUCUUCUGACCCUGCCUGAACAGCACCGGGCCAGCUAUGCCCGUUUGUCCUCCAGCCCUCUGCUCAUGUUAGAGCAACUGCUGAUGAACAUGAAGGUGGAUUGGGCCACCACGGCUGUGCAAACUCUGCACCAGCUGCUGGCUGGGCAAGACAUCGGCUUCACCCUCGACGAAGUUGACUCGUUGCUUUCCAGAUACGCAGGGAAAGCCCUGGACCUCCCAUACCCUCUGAGAGAGAAACGAUCAGCAGAUUCCAUGAUUCACCUCCAGGAGCCUGUCCACCAAGCUUCAGACUCAGAGACCCUGUCUAGGUCAUCGUCAGCUGAGUUCUCCGCGGCUGCUGCUCCUGGAAGUGCCUUAGUCCGUUCCCCCAGUCCCAAGGAGAGAGCGUUCCCUCAGACUCAGCCGCCAGUGGAGUUCGUGCCCCCAGAAACACCCCCUGCCAGGGAUCAGUGGGUCCCAGAUGAGACUGAGAGUGUCUGCAUGGUCUGCUGCAGAGAGCACUUCACUAUGUUCAAUAGGCGUCAUCACUGUCGCCGCUGUGGGCGCCUAGUGUGCGGUUCCUGCUCCACUAAGAAAAUGGUGGUGGAAGGCUUCAGAGAAAACCCCACCCGCGUCUGUGACCAGUGCUACAGUUACUACAACAAAGAUACACCAGAGGAGAGCCCAUGCCAGUCAGAAGUUCCAGACAGCGCUAAAAAUGAAAGCCCUCCAUAUUCAGCUGUGGUGAGAGUCCCCAAAGCCACCGAGGUGGAAUGGAUCUUGAGUCUAAGUGAGGAAGAAAAUGAACUGGUGCGCAGUGAAUUUUACUAUGAGCAGGCCCCCAGCGCUUCCCUGUGCAUUGCCAUCCUGAACCUCCACCGAGACAGCAUCGCCUGUGGUCACCAGCUGAUUGAGCACUGCUGCAGGCUGUCCAGGGGCCUCACCAACCCAGAGGUGGACGCCGGGCUGCUUAUAGACAUCAUGAAGCAGCUACUCUUCAGUGCCAAGAUGAUGUUCGUCAAGGCUGGCCAGAGCCAGGACUUGGCUCUUUGUGACAGCUACAUCAGCAAGGUAGAUGUCCUGCAUCUUUUAGUCGCUGCUGCCUACCGCCAUGUACCAUCUUUAGAUCAGAUCCUGCAGCCAGCCGCAGUAACCAGGCUGAGGAACCAGCUCCUGGAAGCUGAGUACUACCAACUGGGCGUUGAGGUCUCUACAAAGACAGGGCUUGAUUCCACAGGAGCAUGGCAUGCCUGGGGCAUGGCCUGCCUCAAAGCUGGGAACCUCACUGUUGCAAGGGAGAAGUUCACUCGCUGCCUGAAGCCUCCUUUGGACCUGAACCAAUUGAGUCAUGGCUCCAGGCUCGUCCAGGACGUGGUCGAGUACCUGGAGUCCACAGUGAGACCCCUCGUUUCCUUGCACAGUACACCGUGCCCGGAGGUUUGCUCACUCUCUUUUUCCUGCCAGCAAGAUGAUGACUACUUUGCCACCUUGAGGGAACUGGAAGCCACCCUGCGAACCCAGAGCCUCUUGCUGGAGGCCAUUCCGGAGGGGAAGAUCAUGAACAACACCUACUACCAAGAAUGUCUCUUCUACCUGCACAACUACAGCACCAACCUGGCCAUCAUCAGCUUCUACAUGAGGCAUAACUGCCUCCGGGAAGCCCUGCUGCACCUGCUCAACAAGGAAAGUCCUCCAGAAGUCUUCAUAGAAGGCAUUUUCCAGCCGAGCUAUAAAAGCGGGAAGCUACACACUUUGGAGAACUUGCUGGAAUCCAUCGAUCCGACCUUGGAGAGCUGGGGAGCCCACCUGAUCGCCGCCUGCCAACAUCUGCAGAAGAACAGCUACUACCACAUCCUGUACGAGCUGCAGCAGUUUAUGAAGGAUCAAGUCCGGGCUGCCAUGACCUGUAUUCGGUUCUUCAGUCACAAAGCAAAGUCAUACACAGAGCUGGGAGAGAAGCUGUCAUGGUUGCUUAAGGCCAAGGACCACCUGAAGAUCUACCUCCAAGAAACGUCCCGCAGCUCCGGAAGGAAGAAAGCCACCUUCUUCCGGAAGAAGAUGACUGCGGCUGAUGUGUCCAGGCACAUGAAUACGCUGCAGCUGCAGAUGGAAGUGACCAGAUUCUUACAUCGCUGUGAAAGCGCUGGGACCUCUCAGGUCACCACCCUGCCCCUGCCAACACUCUUUGGAAACAACCACAUGAAAAUGGAAGUUGCCUGCAAGGUUAUGCUGGGAGGGAAAAAUGUGGAAGAUGGUUUUGGAAUUGCAUUCCGUGUUCUGCAGGACUUCCAGCUGGACGCUGCUGCGACCUACUGCAGAGCUGCCAGGCAGUUGGUUGAGAGGGAAAAAUAUGGUGAGAUCAGACAGCUGCUCAAGUGUGUUAGUGAGUCAGGCAUGGCAGCCAAAAGCGACGGUGACACCAUCCUCCUCAACUGCCUGGAAGCCUUCAAGAGAAUCCCGCCUCAGGAGCUGGAGGGACUGAUCCAGGCCAUCCACAGCGAUGACAACAAGGUUCGGGCCUAUCUGACAUGUUGCAAGCUACGUUCUGCCUACCUGAUUGCUGUGAAGCAAGAACACUCGCAGGCCGCCGCCCUCGUCCAGCAGGUGCAGCAGGCUGCCAAAAGCAGUGGGGAUUCUGUAGUGCAGGACAUCUGUGCUCAGUGGCUUCUGACAAGCCACUCUCGAGGUGCCCAUGGCUCAGGCUCCAGGAAGUGACCCUGGGCUGCAGAACCUGGAAACCAUAGCCUGGGAACUAUGGCGACAGGCACAAUACCACACAAUGCCCUCCCUCUCCGUCUUCCUGUGGAGUGGGACUUUAUGCGCCUGACCCAGGUCGGAGUGAGCAAGUUGGACCGUUCUUGCCUGAGUGGGCAGGAAUAGGUCCUUUCACACAAGUGCCAUGUAAAAUUGUAGACUCUGUGUUUGUCUGGAGAUAGCCACUUCUUUCUACCUCAGAGUGACUGUGCGUGCGCAUGUGUGCACAUCCGUGUGCAUGCUCCUGUGCACUUGUGUUUACGCCCAAGCAUUUUCUGAACAAAUGAGACUCCUCCAUUGAAGAGAGGCGCUUUACUUCCUGCUUUGUGCUGGUCUGAAGACCUUCGGUAUGUUUGGUUCUUGUCCUAGGUCGGCCUGUUCGUGCACAGUUUCCCCUCUAUGCAGACAUACAUGGUCCUCCUAACAGGAGGGGUCAACAGAAUUACAGAGCAAUGCCAAAAAGGUUGCUUCUGCCCAAAAUUCAGAGAGAAUGUUAGAAGCAUGGCUGUGGAAGAUGGCAGCCUUCCCCGUCACACCUCUCGCAAGCACAAGGUUUUCAAGUGCAGACAUCUGAAAGCUCUGGCAGUGGUAUAAAGUCAGAUCUGGGAAGGUGAGGCCAGGCCCCUUCACAUUCAUUCAGAAGGAAGGAAAAGGCAGACCUCUCUGAGCACAAAGCUGGCUCUUGCCAGUAUCCCUGCUGCAGGAUUGAUGUGUAAGGACACAUGGCUUUUUCUUUCAGAGGCUGGGGAGAGAAAUGGUAGCCAGGAUCAUUGGGACUGAGUGAAUGCUAGUCUCUACCUGUUUGCAUUCCAUUCCCGUUUGUACCUCUUGAAUUAGUUAAGAAACCAUUUCUCCAUCUCUCGUGCUCCCUGUCUGGUCUCCUCAGGGACACAGGGUGGAUACCUAAGGUGAGCUGGUGCUGAGAGAGAGGGUCUGCAUUUUAGUGACUGAUUUGCAAAUGAGAGCCCUAAAGAAAGGCCUGUGGCCCCAAGUCUCCCACCAGCCAGAGCUCAGCCUAUUGUCUCCCCUUUGCUGCCAAGGCAACAGGAACUGGAAACUGAAGUCAGUGUCUCUGGUGCUUAGAAACCCUCUUCGUUUCUUCUGAACCAAGAUUUUCUUAAUUAACAGCUGUUAAUGGACAUCUGUCAGAUUCCAGGCUUUGGUCCUAAUAGAGAAGAAAGGCUGAAGCAGAAACCUAGCUCACUUAAGGCUGAGGUCUGACAGUGCCUUUCCUUCCUGACGCAUAGAACACACCACAGCUCACAGGAACCCCCAUUGCCUGAGGUCUGCUUACACUCAAGGCUGUGUAUGUUUGCACUGAACAUAAGCACUUUACACAACUGGGUUGGAAGUCUUGCAGCCCUCGAUUUAGGAUGUCAUUACCAGAUUUCCCUGACUAUCUUCUAACUUGAAUUGUAAAAUAGGUGGACCAUUGACCAGGUUAACAGAGAAAAGACUGCAGACCUAAGACAUUAUACUGUGGUCUCCUGAAAAGCAACAAUAAUAUCAAAGCAGUUGUACAUGUUGAGGGGUUGUUUGUCCUCCUACAACCAAGCCACAAUAAACUGCCUAUCCCACCUA